UUCUUCAAAUUUUAUACAUUUGACUAUGUCGUGAAAUUGAUCCCAAUUAUUUUGCAAGUUUCGUGUUUUUUUUUUUCACAAACAUGUUGCUCGUGAAAACCAAAAAGAAUCAUUCCGCUGAUUCUCUCUGUACAUACUUGGAGUCUAAAUGAAUUCCAACAGGAAGCGCAUCCGGACAGCCUCUUUGUUCCGAUGCACAAUGAGAGGGACUCUAUCGCAUUUGACAAUUGGAAAGUCGAAUAACUAUAUCGUAGAGCGAUAACUGAAAAAUUACGGGAAAGUGCGUGCUGGACAAAAGCUGUGCGCUUUGUGCAAUCGGUAAAAUAACGCAGCGGAACGCUUAAUUGGUACUUGAGUAAAUUGUGGCGGUGAGCUCACGAUCGGAGUCGUCAUAUGGCGAACACCCACGUACCGUAUUAGACAACUUUGCAAGUGUAAUGUAGCACAUAUGUGACAUUUUUUGUUUCUUCUCAUUUCAUUUCUUGUACGUAUGUUUCUUACGCAUUAGCGACAAAAACAGAAAUGAGCGCGAUCGAAAAUAAAACGAUCCACUGUUACAAAACGGAAAGAUAUUUAUAAUAUCUGUAAUCCGUUUUUCGCAAGCGUUUUACUGAAAUUGUCGUAAGCAAAAUAUAUAGCAGGUAUCCUCUUAACACCCCGUUCUCUUAACAAUCCGUCUAUUAAUAUACGAAUACAUUAUAUUAUACAGGGAGAAAAGAAACUUAAAUAUAUUUAUUUGUGGGAUUUCCGUGAAAUAAAGAUUAUUUAUAUAAUAAAUAAAUUUUAUAUCCCACAAAUAAAUAUUCGAGUCUCUUUUUCUCAGCGUACCCAACUGGAAUUGCAGAUUCUGUAGAAUAUACAAUCGAGAAGAAUGUUAGAGAAGUAGGCAGCUGCUGUAACGACGUUUACACAAUUCAUGUGAGAAAGUGCAUUAGAUAGAAAGAGGCAAAAAUGGAACUCGAGGAAGAGUUGUUGCAGGAGCAAUUGUUGAACGUUUAUGAAACUACCUUCACCGACAGGCAUGUCCUCUACAGACUCUUGCUGAAUGCCCUACGAUCCAAGGACUUCCAUUCCUUUAGGAACAUCAUGGAACACAACUUGAAGAAGCGACCACCUGGCUUGGAUAUCAACUACGUCUUUCCGAAUCACUACGAAGAAACGUGCCUCGAUAUAGCCAGCCGAAACGGCUUGACGGAUUUUGUGAGUCUCUUGUUGUCCAACGGGGCAAUGAUUAAUAGGGUGAACGAGGUGCAUAAUCGCGCACCCAUACAUUUCGCCACCGAAAACGGGCACGAACGAACACUGGCGAUAUUAUUAACGCAUUCGAUGAUAAAUGUGAAUUUGGAGGCGGGACAAGAGACCGCUUUGCAUAUCGCGGUACAAGAGGAAAAUCUAAUGUGUGCCAGACAGCUAUUGGAGGCAAGAGCCAGCGCCAAUAUUCCCAACAGCAAGGGCCUGACGGCUCUUCACAUGGCGGCAAUAUAUGGACAGCGCGAGAUGGUGCAAUUGAUCCUGGAUGUGUGCAAGCAGCGUCCCGAUCUAGACAGUUACAGAGACUACAACGAUCAGACGGCGCGCGAAGUGAUACAAGAGAACAUGCCGGACUUGUCGUUGCCACCGAAGUGCGAAAGCAGAGAAAUGAACGCGCAUGAUCUCAAAUAUUAUCUGACCGUCAACGACGAGGUGAACUUCCUUAGGAGUCUGGAGAUCAUUGAACCGCAGAUGCUUCACGGUGUGGCCGAAGAUUUGUUGGAGAUAGCCGCGCAACAUAAUUUCCUCGGCGCUGUGGUAGGGACUCUGAGCAAACUUCAGAAAAGUAUGUUCAACGUGAAGAGAGCCGCGCAGAUAGCGGUUCGAAAUGGUCAUUAUAGUAUUCUUCGGGAACUGUUGAAUGUGGAGCCUGGAGCAGCAAACGAUCUGGUCCUAGAUGCUUGCUUGGAGCUAGGAAUGCCCAGCAGACACGACGUCGACGAUACGUCUAAUCGGCUUGAAUGUCUAAAGCUAAUCCUGGAGCAAGAAUAUGUGGACAUUCGUUGCGCUGAUGAUAAGGGCAACACGCCGCUGCAUUAUGCGGCCAGGGCAGGUUGCCACGAAGCGGUGACUCUGCUCUUAGAACGCGGUAGUUACAUCGGACACAUGAACAAAUUCAACGUACCGCCCGUCGCGGACAUCUCAGUGAGCACGUUGUCGCGAUAUUUGGACGAUUGCCUGCAAACGCAGAAGCACCGAACGAAUGAAUACACGAUCGAGUUCGACUACCGCUGCCUGAUGCCGCAUGUCGACGGAUCCACGGAGAGAGCGCAUCGGCUUUAUCGCGAAAUGGAAGUGUUCCAGUACAUUGCCUGCAACAACGGUCUCAAGCAUUUGCUUAAACACCCACUGAUGUCGUCCUUCCUUUAUCUCAAGUGGCACAGAAUACGGCAUUUCCUAUGCGCCAAUUUCGUCUUUUACGUAGCGUUUUAUCUCCUGGUGAACAUCUAUAUCCUGAGCACGACGUAUCAUAGUUCGUCAAGUAAAAAUAAAACGAUAAACGGUAGUUUCGACGUCGCUUUAAACGACAGCCUGAGAACAGCCUCCUGGAAAUACGAAAGCUUUCUGCAUCCUCUUAUCGGCGUGAUGUUGCUGCUUUUCGCCUUACGGGAGAUUAUACAACUCUUUUCAUGUCCUAUAUAUUACUUCAAGAGCCCACAAAACUGGCUGGAACUCGCGCUGAUCGCCAUGACUUUUUCCGUGUUAUGCAACGCGGGACCUGUGCCUGGUGCGAUAGUGAUCCUGAUAUCCGCCUGGAACCUGGUGCUCUUGAUCAGCCAACAUCCUCGCUUGUCCACCGGCGUUGAAAUGUUUCGUACCGUAUCGUUAAAUUUUGUACGUUUUCUCUUUCCGUACAUCUUCCUCAUUCUCGCUUUCGCUUUCGCUUUUUACACGCUCUUCAAGGACGCCGACGAUAACUUUCCCGAUCCCGGCCAUUCAUUCUUCAAGACAAUCAUCAUGCUUACCGGUGAAUUCGACGCCGACGAUAUAUCAUUCGAAUCGCAUCCGGUCUGGAGUCACCUCGUCUUCAUUUUUUUUGUCUUCCUCAUUGCUAUUGUGCUGUUCAAUCUACUCAAUGGUCUGGCGGUUAGCGAUACCGCCGAGAUCCUCUGUAAGGCUGAACUCGUCAGUCUCAUCUCCAGAAUACGUUUGGUCGCCUACGUCGAGCACGUGGUUUUCGGCAUGCUGUUUAGACAUUGGUUCUGUUGUGAUAUCUUGCGCCGGAGUCUGUUCAAGUAUCUUACCAGGAGGAUCCUCCUGUUUCCGAAUUAUCUGGUAGACGGCAAAAUCAGCAUUAAGCCUUGCGACAACUUAGACGCUUAUGACAACCACAGAGGCUAUACCAAGUACAUUCGCACCGAGUCUAUCAAAAAAUACAAUCGUUGGGCCACCCUGAAGAUGGAUCCUAAUAUAAUCAAAAAAGCUAAGCGGAUUAUUUGCAGUAGGAGACAGUUGUCGGACAACGAAAGAAUAAUGAUCACAAUGAGCAAGUUACAGGAGAAGUUGACGGUGAUUGAGGACGUCUUGAAUACUAUAAAGCUUGCGGUCGAGAAUAAUAAUGUUAAUAAUACAAUGGAACGUGCAGCAUAAAAUUCGAACGAAAGAACAUUUGAACUUAUACUAUAUGAGUGUUCGGCGAUGUCUGUUCUGUUUAAGACUUAAAUCCAUAAAAUAAUAAUCUAAAUAAUCUAUCAUAUAAACUUUUAUUUUAGAGUAUUUUAGAGUGUAAACUAAUGUGAAGCAAUCAAUAUAAAUAAUCCUAUUUAA